UAAUACUGUUCUGAAAGUGUCGUAAUAAUGAGAAGAAAAAAAAAUCGCUCUAUAAAUCUCACCGCCGUCACGUCCCUCAGGCGGGGCCCGGUGGGAGGCGGUGCGGGCGAUGCUCGGCCAGCCUGAGUCUGUCAAAUGUUCCCUGGUGCAGCUCAUGCACGGCCUUGUCUCAGCACAGAGUGUCCGUGAGGUAACGUUUGUGUGUGUGUGUGUGUGUGUGUGUGUGUGUCUGUGUCUGUGUGUGUGUGUGUGUGUGUGUGUACGUACAAUAAUAUUAGACAUAUUGUAAGAUAAGGCUGUAGUCUGCAGUCUGUAGCAAGUUUGCGCAAGUGUCACGCUGUACCACUUGCAUCAUGUUGGCUUCAGAUGGUGGGUCAGUUUGGGAUUCCUGUUGGAGUGUUCGAGGCGCAGAUGGCCAAUGAUGUUGCUAACGACACGUGGACCACGCAGCUGUCCCAGACGGUGCGUCAGGCGAGGAAGGUGAGCAAGGCUACGUUAUUGAGUCCUUUUCUCUAUGAGUGAUGCUAGUGAAAUCUGAAAGCUCUGAGUCGAGUUGAAUGAAUACUUGAACAUCAGAUACGCCGCGGGUCUUGGUGCGUGACGGUGGUGGUGGUGAGUGACGACUCAGACUUCCUCGACGCCUUCGCCAAGUCCUCGCUGCAACACCGCCUGCUGGUGUGGACCACGAGGCUCCUUGUCCUCACGCGCCUAACGCUGCAGCAGGUGCACCGCCUCCUCUCCUCCCACUGGACCUUCUCCAUGAUGAACGCCAUGGUCCUCAACCAGCAGCAAGAAUCUUCAGGAAGCAGCGAUAGGUUCUGCGCGUACUCUCACCUGCCAUACAGUCCCCGCGGUCCACAGGUGGUGCGCGCCGCCACCUGGAGAUACAACGCCCUUGUCCAAAAUUCAUCAAAUUUCACAACUUUCUCAGAGAAAUUUUCCGAGUAAGUGGAAUAAUUCAUUUUUCCCAUGAACUUUACUCUGUACAUAUUAAAGAUGCACAAUUAGGAAGUGCUGGGGAGCUCAUCUGCCGUCUCUUUGUCUCAAAGUUUCCACGGUGCCACAAUAAACGUGGCGGCGCUUCCUUACGCCCCAUACUGGGAUGAAACUGUGCAGGAGGCGGAGGACGGGCGGUCCGUGAAGAUAUACUCGGGAACAGACUACCAGCUGCUCUCUGUGAUGUGUCACUACCUCAACUUCAAGAUUUAUAAUAUUCCUACAAGUACCUGGAAGGAGAUAGGUCAGCUGGUCGCCGAGAGGAAAGCCUUCAUGUCGCCUGUGCAUCACGUGCCUGUGGCUCAGCGCCGUGCAUUGUACGACUUUUCCUAUGGGUAUGAGUUUGGCUCCACUGACUUUUGCGCGGCUGUGCCUUCCCUCAGUCCUAAGUGGCACAGCCUUUACUAUCCACUGUCGGACUACGUGUGGCUGGCAGUGCUGGCAAUGCUCAUCAUCGUGCCGGUCUCCCUGUAUGCGGUAUGGUCAGGAUGGCAAUACUAAUUUAUAGUUCCACACAAACGCACAUAAUAUAAUCGUUGUGUGAUUGAUAUAGUUGUGAGACAGAGACACUGUUUUGUGUGAUAUGGGGGUGCUUAUGGUCAUAAAUGUAUCUUAUACUGUACCCAUUAGUUGAGAACAUUUUUUUUUUUUUUUUUUCCUGUUUUUAGGCGAAUCUGUUGGCAAAUUGGCUCAUAUCAGAAAACAAGAUGAGUCUGGGAGUGUCUUCCCAGACGGUCAUCGCCACCCUCCUCGCCCAGGACUUGCCAGUAAAGCCUCCCAAGACACAGGCCAUCCGGGCCCUGGUCGCGGCCUGGCUGUUGUUCGCCUUCAUAGUUGGAGCAGUGUAUCGCAGCAACCUGACGGCCGCCCUCACCCUGCCUAAGUACCCGCCGCGGCCGGAGACCAUCGCAGACUUAGUGAAGGCUUUCGACAGAAUAUCAAUGCCACCUUUUAGCAAAGUGAUGAUUGAUGAUUUUAGAAGUUCAUCUACGCCGGUGGUUAAGGAAAUGGGGGAGAAAAUGUUCCUCACUUCGAGUGUGAUGGAAGCGUUGCAGCGAACACGUGACGGCAGACAAGCACACGUUGGCUGGAGGACCUACCUCUCCGUCCUCAUAGCAAACAACUUCAUUCUGGCGGAUGGAAGCGCUGAAAUUUAUCUAGGCCGUGAGAGUGUGCGGCAGACACUCACAGCCUGGCCGCUGCCUCACGACGCGCCCUUCAAGAGGCAGGUGGACGUCAUCAUGGUGGCGGUCCUGGAGGCAGGACUGUACGAGAAAUGGAGAGAAGACAUUCUGGACGCAAUCAAGAAAGAAACUCGCAGGAAACAAAGACAAACACGUCAAGAAGAAGAGGAGAGCAAAAGUUCCGGGGAUGCUGGCGGGCUGGUGAGCGCUCUGAGUUUGGUGCACAUGCAGGGGCCACUGCUGCUGGUGCUGCUGGGCCUCGUUAGCGCCGUCCUGGUGUUCGUGGCGGAAAAAAUCAACGGAUCUGAAUGUAACUUUCGGGAAACGUGGGUCUUGGGAACAGUUGGUUAGGUUCUGAGGGAGGUCCGGAUAUGUUUAAGGAUCAAGGAUGAUAAAUUUGCGGAAAAUGUUUGCUAAGUUUCAUCAAGAGUACAGUAAAUAUUUGCCGCGUUUCGUCAAAUCACAGCGAAAUGUUUGUGUUAAAAUCUCAUUUUACUGUCGGAGUUAUUCGCUGCUGAAUUGCCAUUUUGUUGUUAUUACGGUCAAGUGAAAAAUUGUAAAGGUGAUUAGUAUUUAUUUCAGGUUGUGGUGUUUGACUUAAAGACGGAUGUUAAGCUUUAAUAUAGAAUCACAGUAAUGUUUCUUUGUCAGUCUGAAAUGCAGAUCUCCUUUGGUUAUAUUUAACACACACACACACACACACACACACACACACACACACACACACACACACACACACACACACACACACACACACA